AUGAAGCCUGCUACGAUCUCCAUACUGCUCGACACUCCCGAAGUGCACCUAUACGGCGAACGUGCAUCCUCCUCGGGAUGCACGUUGACCGGCAAAGUUCUCAUGAGCCUGCGCGUUCCCACCAAGAUCCGCUCCCUCAACAUCACAUUCCAAGGCCAGCAAAAGCUCAAAUACCCCACACCCACGCCCAAAUCUACCCAGAAUACAAACCUUAACCCGCUGAUGAUCGAGCGCAACCGCUUGGCUGUAUCUGAAACACAAAACCUCAUUGAGCCGCAGGCUAAGUACACGCAGUACGCAGCAGGCACGCACGAACUGCACUUUGAAUUUAUUGUUUCUGGCGAUUUGCCAGCUACUGCUGAUCUUAUUACGGGCGAGACUAAAUACACUAUGGAUGCACAAUUGGUUUUAACCGGACUGCGCUCCAGCAGCACUGUCCAGCAACCGGUGGUUAUUUUGAGGUGUCCCCGGGACGGCGGACACUGGGCACACACUGUGUUUGAUUCCCUGAGUGUCGGGACACAGUGGGAGGACCGCGUUUCCGUCACAUUGAGUUUUGAUCAAUCUGCCAUCAACGACGCCACCACUGCAACCUUCCUAGUCGAAAUCACUGCAAAUGCCAAAAACCACCACCUAAUGGCGCUCACUUUGCAACUGCGCGAAACCCAAACCAUCUUUGAUAACACAGCGCACACCAGCAGUCGUGUCCACAGGGUGACCCGCAUAGUCUCCCAAAAACUAAUGUCCUACGGGUCUGUGGGGGCCAAACUUUGUGGUCAAGAUGAGUUUUACGUUCGGCUGUCGAUCCCUCGAGUAAAUGACGGCGUGCAGUUUGAGUGUGAGUGUGUGGAGUAUUUGGUUUCGCAUAGGCUGGUUCUGACGGCUUCAGUGCGGGCGCCGGAGGGACAUACGGCAGAGGUGACUAUUCCGGCGCAAUUUUCUGUGUUGCCCAAAUCAGCCAUCAGUGGUGGAUCUGAACUACCCCUGUAUGAGAGCUCCCCAAAUGAUCAGCUCAUACAGACAUCAUCCGGGUUGGGCUUGGAAGAUGAAAGCUCGAUAUUGCGGUUGCAGUUGCAGGCGACUGCGAUGGAGAGUUUGGCUGGGAGACAAUUACCUUCCUACUCGCUGCCUGUCUGCUUCUCGUGUGGGAAAGAGGAUGUAUCUGUACUGGAGUGUCGCCAGGCUAUUGUUCGCCAUAGUCUGAUCCCGCCUGGCACGGAGAUUGAAGACUUGUGCGCGACGCUGGCUUCUGCGAAUUUUGUAGCGGGGAAUUAA